UUUUCUUAUGUUGUCAGUAUUCCAAACUUGGGUAGCUACGCAUCACGCCCAUUGCAUGGUAUACCAUCUGUCCAGGGUAUAUAAACCUGUCCCCGCAUUGCAUCUGUUUGCCUGCCAUCUGAACACUUAAACAUCUGCGAUGUUCUUUGGUAUUUCCGAUAGAAGAUCAUUUCCCUGUCGAUGUCCAGUGCUGAAGGGUACUUUAAUAUGAAACCACAAAAACAAUUGAAUAGAAGGAAGCGCUGGUCACUGACUUUGUCCUUCCCAGAAGGCAACUUCCCUUCGACGCCUCAACUCAUCUGAAUCCAGCAGACGCGUUAAACCGUUACAACUCGUAGACUAAAAUGGAUACUUUGUUUUUCAUUAUCUUAAUACUCUUUCGAUGCUCUUCGACAAACGGUUUCCUUAUUGCACACACACCAAAGAAACUGUGCCUGUCAACCCACAAAACGACUGUGAUCCUCGGCAGAUGCAAUGUCACCAGUCCCUAUCAACAAUGGGAAUGGACGAAAGAUAUGAAGUUGCAUCACACACAAUCAGCCAAGUGUCUCUGGGCCAACCCGAGUAGUGCAAUACCUCGGCACGCGCGCCUGGCCACGAUCAGCGACUGUGACAGCGCACCUGCUUGGAAAUGCUACGACAAACGAGGAACUUUCGGGUUAGCGGAGAAGCCCAUGUACCUGAAGAAACAAGGUAUACGGGUUGUGAUCCGAGGGGACCAGAAGUAUUCCAACUGGACUAAGUAUGAGGAAAUCUACUCUGGAGGGAGACAGGUGCUUACCCAUUUAUGUCCGCGUAAAGGUUCCACCACCAUCUCAACCUCAACCCCCACAAUGUGUUCAUCCACACACCAACCUUUGGCAUACACCCACGCCAUCAGAACAGCCCCUAUAACAAUAAUAAACACACACUCCUUGUCAAACACUAUGAGGACCCAUAGUAGGACCACCAGGCAGAUCUCUACAUUUAGAGUCCCGGUCACAUCGACCAAUAGGGUGGUGACAUAUAAGUCUGUGGUGGCGACUCACACUAAUGACAUCGUCAAGCCUCGGACAAGAAGGACGGCCACGAUGGGUCUCAUUCCAAGUUCCAUCUCAACGGCCGUCACAACAUCCGGGGCAGUUCUCAACCACAGCCAUGAUGUUCUCUCGUCCAGUCCUGCUUUGUCCACAACUGACUCUGCCAUGGCCCAAACGGUGAGUGCUGCCACCGAAAAUGCCCUCCUCGACUCGAGGAACGAAGCCAAGACUCCAUCAGUAAACCAACCAACUUCCAGUUCCACCACAACUAAUGUAGAUGAGAUGGUGUCAACUGCAGCUACCACUAUGACUGUGGUUUCCUCUACAAUUUCCUCAGUGCCCAACACAAGUUCUAAAACAGACUCAGCAGCUACUUCUACGGUAGUGGUCGUUACCUCUGAAGCUAAAGUCACAACUUCUGCUGCUUUAUCUAUCUCGUCCUCUGUUUCAACCACUAAAUCUGAUGCUACCAUCACACCUACCAGUACCACAGCGUUUCCCACAACUAGGAAAGUACCCCCAAGAAAGUUUGUGGUUCCAUCUACAACCAAAACCACAACUGUGCCGACUACAACAACCACUGCCCCUACAACUCCUACUGUUGUCAGAACAACAAAGACUACAGCCAAAUUCACAAGGAAAGUAGCCCCACCCAAUGUUGCCACAGCCCCACCCACAACAUUUUCAACUCAGCUCACAACAUCCUCAAUUUCACCCACAACCUUUUCAACAGUAAAGACUAUAGCAAAACCCACAAUGAAAAUAGCCCCGCCCACAACCUCUACAGCCUCACCUACUGCCUCUUCAACUCCACCCAAUACCACUCCAAUCACAUCUACAACAGCCCCGCCCACAACCUAUACCACACCGCCCAUAAUGAAAACAAACCCACCUACAACUACCACAACCACAUCCACAACUACUACAGCUCCACCCAGAAGUACCACAACCACAUCCACAACUACCACAACCACACCCACACCAACUACAGCUCCAACAACAACUACUACAGUACCAACUACAACCACAGAGUUGACCUCCAUCCCACAGGCCGAGACCACUAAUGCUGUCAAAUGUUCAGUCAACCUGACAGAGACCAGCGCCAGGACGGAUUCUAUUGCACUCAAAUUAAUAACAACAGGAGAAGAUUGUAAUUUCACCAUGUUUUAUGAGAAUAGGCGUUCCGAUAUAACGGAUUGUGAUCAAUAUGGGGAGUAUAGUAAUGUGUAUAUCUGCGAUAUAAGGGAUUUAGAACCUGGGACGUUACACCACUUUGAAGUGAUAUCGAAGACUGAUGGAGAGAGGAGAAACGUAUCAGUGCGAACAGAUCCGGUUAGUCCAUCCAGGUUGGACGUCCUACCAGACCAGAGUCCUAGUCAGGGUAAUGGUGGCUCUCCAGGCCUGCAUGUAUCCUGGCCUCGCUCUCGCGGGCUGGUCGACUGGUAUGAGCUCACAAUACAGGACACUAAAACAGGAGCGACCCGCAAUACUCGCAUCAUGGGCACUGCCGUCCCUCAGUCAGGCUUUACCGCCCUCACCCCUGGCACCCUCUAUGGCCUCAGCCUGGUGGCAAUAGCUGGGAAUAAAACUGCCACGCCAGUGAUGGCCACUGCAACCACAGCUCCCUCAGCCAUCAGCGGCCUCCAGCUCUUGGCCUCCUCCAACAGCCUGGGUGUUUCUUGGCAGCCCGGCCCAGGCAGGAGAGAGCGUUUCAGAGUGCUGCUGAGGGAGCAGCAGGGCAGCCUGGUCAGGAACGUCACCCUGAAGAGUAGCGUCACCUCCCACAUUCUUAAUGACCUGUUGCCUGGGACACUGUACACUGUCACUGUGGUGACUGAGGCUGGAGGCCUUCAGAACGCUGUCUACAAACAAGCAGUCACAGUCCCCGCGGCGGUGUCAGACCUCCUCUUGGAGAACAACGGCAGUCUGGACUCAUUGAGGGCCUCCUGGGUCACAGCUAUGGGCAGCGUGGACACAUACCUGGUCUCCCUUGCAACCCUGGGUUCAUCCGAUCAGGACAGGACGCUGCCACCCAAUGCCACAGAGGUGGUCUUCAGCGGCCUGACCCCUGGACGAUCCUAUCAGUUGUCUAUGAGGUCAAAGGUCGGAGAGCAGAUGACUGAGGCUGUGACCAUGGGCAGAACUGUGCCAGACAAGGUGUCUCAAUUGACCAUGGUGGGCCUCAGUGAUGGCAGCACUCUGAAGAUGACAUGGUCACCGCCUAGAGGGGAAUGGGAGAACUACCGCAUCCUGCUAAUGAAUGCCACAGUGGCUCUGGUCAAUGAGACACUAAGCAGGCCAGUGAGACAGUACUCCUUCUCUGGGGCUUCCCUGGGGCUGGUGCCUGGCAGGCUUUACACAGCUCAGAUCAUGGUGGAGGCUGGCCCGUUUGGCAACAUUGCUCACUGCCAAGGAAUGCUAGCACCUCGGCCUGUCCAGCAGCUGAUCGUCUGUCACAGUGAUGAGACGUCUCUGAGCGUGCUGUGGUCUCUCCCGGUAGGGGAGUGGGACGGGUACACUGUGAUCCUGAGACAGGGGAACACUGUCGUGUCCCAGAGGACACUGUCCCGUGACACCAGGGAGUGCACCUUCAACGUCCUCACACCCGGAAGCCAGUACGCCAUCGCUGUCACGACCAAUAGUGGGGGCCUAAACAGCUCGACUUCAGUGAUUGGACGAACCACCCCAGCGCAGGUGACCAGUCUGCGUGUGACCAACAGUGGCAGCACAGACAGCCUCCAGACACAGUGGGAGCGGGCAGCCGGAGAGCUGGACUCAUACCAUGUGCUGCUCAUCCACGACAGCAGCGUGAUCAAGAACGAGAGCGCCCCAGCCCACACCAUGGCCUACAGCUUCCUGGCCCUGAAGCCUGGAGCCCUCUACAGGGUGGUAGUAACCACCAUCAGAGCAGGACAUGCCUCCAGGCAGAGCGUGGCAGAGGGACGCACAGUCCCUGCUGCCGUAGGCGAGGUGACGGUCAGCAACAACGGUCGUAUGGACUUCCUCAGCGUGUCAUGGCGUCCAGCCAAAGGUGACGUGGACAGUUAUCUGGUCACUCUGGGGGACCAGGAGAAGACGGUCCACACCCUGGCCGUGUCCAAAUCCAGCCCAGAGUGUGUGUUCAAGUCCCUGGUGUCUGGACGGCUCUAUAACAUCUCCAUCACCUCCAGGUGUGGUGCCUAUGAGAAUCACACCAUCGUACAGGAACGCACACAGCCCUCUAGUGUCCAGAACCCGACAGCGAUCCACUCGGCCAGGGAUGACUACCUGAAGGUGUACUGGCGCCAUGCGGCCGGGGACUUUGACUACUACCAGGUGGUCAUCAAGCACAACAACAUCUUCCACCAGAACAAGACGGUUAUGAAGAGCCAGAACGAGUGUGUGUUCAACGGCCUGGUGCCCGGGAGACUCUACACGGUCAUCGUCAGCACCUGGAGCGGGAAGUAUGAGACCAGCGUGUCUACGGAUGGAAGGACCUUCCCUGCGGCGGUGAGGUCACUAGCCCUGGCUGGGCGGGGAACGGAGGACCUGCGUGUCACCUGGUUGGCUGCUCCGGGGGACGUUGACCACUACGAGGUGCAGCUCCUCUUCAACGACAUGAAGGUGUUCCCGCCCAUCACCCUGGGCAGCAGCGUGGUGAUGUGUGUCCUCUCCUCCCUCACCCCGGGACGCCUCUAUAAGAUCCAUGUUUCUACCUUUAGCGGCCCCAACCAGAGGGCCCAGUUCAUAGAGGGCAGGACAGUCCCCAGCAAAGUCAAGAAUAUCCACGUGAGUAACAACGGCCAGAGCAGCAGUCUGAAAAUCAGCUGGACCCCGGGGCAGGGUGACGUGGACAGCUACUCCGUGUCCCUAUUGCUGGGUGGACCAGAGGCACGCAGGCUGGAGACGCGGCCCGUACCCAAACACCAGAAUGAGCUGGGGUUCAGCUCCUUGCAGCCUGGGCAGCUGUACAGUGUGACCGUUAGAUCUAUCAGUGGCAUACUGUUAAAUAACAACACGGCCAGCGGACGCACCGUCCCUUCUGCAGUGACGGGGCUGCAGGCCGACAACAGACACACCACCUGCAGUAUACAGGUGAGCUGGCAGGAGGCCCGGGGCGUGGCAGACGGAUACAGCCUGCAGCUCCUGGACGACAGGGGACACCUGGUCACCAACAGCUCCCAGGUAUCCUCCGGCUCCAUGCCGCUCCAGCAUCGCUUCGACGGCCUCAUCCCUGGGAAGAGGUACCGCGUCCUGGUUCACACCACCAGCGGAGGGGUCCACAGCGAGAGCGUCACCGCUGAAGCACGUACACGUCCGGCGGCGGUCAGCGACCUCUCCAUCCAGGCAAACAGCAGCAGCAGCCUGUCCUUCAACUGGUCGCCCCCGCACGGAGAGUUCGAAGGUUACGACCUCUACCUGUACAACGGAGAUGACACGCUGUACGACCGGCGCAGCGGCCAGCCCAGCACACUGCAGGUCUCCUUCCAGGGCCUGAGGCCUGGUGCCCCCUACAGGAUGGUGGUGUUAACACGCAGCGGGGAGCAGACCAACGACUCAGCUAUCUGGGCCAGGACUGUCCCGGCUGCAGUGACCUCCCUCCAGGCACAGAGUCGUAACCAGUCGGAGAUGUUGUGGGUGUCAUGGAAGCGGGCGGUGGGGGAGCUAAGUGGCUACCUGCUGUCCCUCUACAACCCAGAUGGCUCCCAGCAGGCAGAGGAGACAUUAGGGCCAGACGCCAUGGAGCACGUCUUCCCCACGCUGAUCCCCGGGCGUCUCUACCAUACUGUCAUCCUCACACGCAGCGGAGAGCUCACCAACAGGGCCACUGCUCAUGGACGUACCGCCCCCAGACCCCCAACCUCUGUAUCAUUCGGUGGAGUCACCAACACCUCCCUGGAGCUGACCUGGAGUGGUCCUGCAGGCAGUGACUAUGACGACUUUGACCUGCAGUGGGCCCCCAGGGACCACCUGUCUGUAUUCAACCCCUACCACACCCGGACCUCCGGGAGCCGCAUCCUGAAGGGGCUAUACCCAGGACGCCUGUACAACUUCAUCCUGCGUACCGUCAGUGGGGCUGGUGGUGGUGGGAGCUCUGCCUACAGCCCACCCAUCUACAAGAGCAUUCGAACAAAGCCAGAGCGUGUCCAGUACCUGCACUGCCGCCCCCAGAACUCCACCUCCAUCUCCUGCUCCUGGGCCCCUCCGGAGGCCGACUUUGACUCAUACACCAUUGAGUGCCUCCAGGACUCCCACGCCCUGGUGUACUCCCAGCGGACAGGCCGCGACAGCACCCUCUACCACAUCACCCAGCUGGAGCCACACAAGCGCUACACCGUCUCCGUCAAGGCCAUCUCCGACAGCAUGACCAGCGAGGCCGCCGAGGACAGCGUGGUCACCAUGAUCGACCGUCCACCCCUUCCUUCCCUGACCACUCGGGUUAACGACAGGGCUGCUCUUGUCACCAAAAACACCAUCUUGUUCAAGUUUAACUGCAGCUGGUUCAGUGAUGUCAACGGAGCCGUCAAGUUCUUCACAGUGGUGGUGAGCGAGUCUGAAGACGAUGAAAACCUUCAACCAGAGCAGCACCACCCUCUACCCUCUUAUCUGGACUACAAAUCCAACAGUUCCAUUAAGGCCUACCAGACCAGCUACUUCCCUAGCCACUGCACAGAGGGGCCAGGAGACAGCGGGACUCAGAGCUUUGAGAUCAGCCUGGGUACAGGCAUGGACACCCUCGGGGGUGGCUGUGACCACCUACAGGCCCAGGACAGGGAGCAGAACCCAGACACACACAGAGACCACAACCCAUUCUGUGAUGGCCCACUCAAACCCAAAACUGCAUACAGGCUUAGUGUGCGUGCGUUCACCCAGCUUUUUGACGAGGAGCAGAGCAGAUACAACCCACCCCUCUACACAGACACUUACCUGUCCCUUCCCCUGGUAACAGAAGCAGAGCCCCUGAGCGGUGUGAUCGAGGGCAUCAGCGCCAGUAUGUUCCUCAUUGCCAUGAUGGUGGGAGUCACUGCACUGCUCAUCUGCAGACAGAAGGCUCGCAAAGUGAGUGUGCAGGAGGGGCCAGUGGUCCGAAUGAGCAUGAGGAGAGAGAGGCCCACCUCAGGAGUGCACAUGGGCGUCAGGGGUAAUCGUCGUAUUUCAAGCCCCAUCAAGAUCAUGCACUUUGAGUCCCACUACAUUAAACUCCAGGCUGACUCCAAUUACCUACUGUCUGAGGAGUAUGAGGACCUGAAAGAUGUAGGAAGGAACCAGCCCCUGGACACAGCCCUGCUGCCAGAGAACAGAGGGAAAAACCGAUACAAUAACAUCCUGCCCUACGAUUCAACCCGUGUGAAGCUGUCCUAUGUAGAUGAUGAUCCGUGCUCUGACUACAUCAACGCCAGCUACAUUCCUGGGAAUAACUUCCGUAGGGAGUACAUCGCCACUCAGGGCCCACUUCCUGGAACCAAAGAUGACUUCUGGAAGAUGGUGUGGGAGCAGAACGUCCAUAACGUUGUCAUGGUGACCCAGUGUGUGGAGAAAGGCAGGGUAAAGUGUGAUCACUACUGGCCCUUCGACCAGGACCCUCUGUAUUACGGAGACCUCAUAGUUCAGAUGUUGUCUGAAUCUGUGCUGCCAGAAUGGACAAUACGGGAAUUCAAGAUCUGUAGCGAGGACCAGUUGAACUACUCCAGGGUGGUGCGUCAGUUCCACUACACGGUGUGGCCUGACCACGGCGUCCCAGAGACCACCCAGUCACUCAUCCAGUUUGUCAGGACUGUCAGGGACUACAUCAACAGGACCUCUGGGUCUGGGGCUACCGUGGCUCACUGCAGUGCUGGCGUGGGCCGCACAGGCACCUUCAUAUCCCUGGACAGAGUGCUGCAGCAGCUGGACACCAAGGACAUAGUGGACAUCUACGGAGCUGUCUUCGACCUGCGCCUCCACCGCUCACACAUGGUUCAGACUGAGUGCCAGUAUGCUUACCUGCACCAGUGUGUGAGGGACGUCCUCCGAGCCAGGAAGCUUCGCAGUGAGCAGGAGAACCCCCUCUACCCAAUUUAUGAGAAUGUGAACCCUGACCCCCAACGAGAUAUGGUAUAUGCCAGGCAUUAAAGAUUGUAAGGACUACUGAAGGAGAGAGAAAAAGAAAACAGUUUGUACUUUCACAAGUAUAGCACUGCAGGGAUACGUGGCAAUUUUAUUUUUCUACUAUUUUUGUUGAUUGUUCUUUCCAGAUAUUAUGAAAUAUAGUAAAAUGUAUAGCUAUUUAAUUAUAUCAUAUAAUAUGAAGUUUAACUGAAUUGUAUAUACAUGUCUUAUAUCUGUGUGUUUGUGUAUAUGCUAUACAUUUGCAUUAUUGGCAUUUGUACACAGUUUUUCUUUUUUUUUGUUAAGCUAUCAUUUCCACAUUAUUAUGUGGCACAGACCAAAAAACAUUAUACACCAAAAACUGUAAAAAAUCUGAUAAUACAUAAAUCAAAUUCCUAUAACAGUAUUCACAUAUUCAAUAAGUGUAUAGGCUACUGUAACAUUCACAAGUCACUUUUCUAAAAUGUUAGACAAAAAUGAUUUCUGUUUGAAGUUACACUUAUUUUCAUAAGCACUGAGGACAUACAUAAAUAUAUGAUAUAUGUAUGUAGAUGAACACAUUAUACAUGUAUUUGUAGAUAUUGUAUAAGUGUGAUAUAUUGCUUGCAUAUAAAAAAGGAUUAUCAUAUGCGUUAUGAAAGCACACCGUGUAUGUUGUGCAAUCUACAUUUGUGUGUAGGCUAUGUAAAAUAAGAAUGAUGUAUUUUAUCAUCAUGUCAUGGAACUACAAAUCACACAUCUGAAAAUCCACAACCCUACAUUGUCAACAUGACUGUAAUCAUAUGAGUGAGUGAUUGGAUUCUGUGAAUCGUUACACAAAUGAUAGUAGUUACUGUAUGUAGUUUUCCCAUGUUGCAAUCAAUGUAAGCUUGUAAUCAUAUCAAGAUGAGGGAAUUAAUAUAUUCUUCAAGUGUUUCAAUAAAAUACUUACAUAACUGGAAAAAUAUAA